AUGCAGGGCAGCUCGCUCUGCAGCCGCGCGCCCGUCAAACUUGCAUUCCGCACAGAGACGCAACUCCACCUUUCUUCCGCAUCGUCAUCUUCUGUACAACUCAUCGACCUCGGAUCCUACCUGCAUAGAUUUCAUUCUCGGACAUCCCCGCUCAUCCGUCUCGGCGGAUCCCAUCUGCGACUCUCGGCACGUCUCCGCUCGCACCAUCGCUGCGUCUCCAUCCAUGCAUCUCCACUAGCAACAGCGUGCGCCAUGAUCAACUUCUUUGGCGGCAAGGCGGCCGCUUCCUCCUCUUCCUCUUCCAAACCGGCUUCCUCGGCCGCCUCAGCCGCUUCCAGCCCCAGCACACACUCCACCCAGACCAAAAAGGCCAAACCAUCCGUGCCAGCCGUCACGGUCACCACCAUCAAGAAGAAGGUCGCUGCACCACCAAAACCCUCUGCAGAGCCUCGCGAUCCCAUCGCUGCCCUCUCGGGCUACAACUCCAAGAAUGCGCUACCCGAGGAAAAGCGCCGUCGCAUCAUCGAAGAGCGUCUCGCAGCUCAGCGCCAAAAGUCCAUCGAAUCCAGCCUCGAGGCUCAGCUCAGAGCUCCCGUCAAGUCUUCCUCCUCCUCCUCCAAAGCUUCGUCAAGGUCCAAGCCCAAGCCAAAGCCCAAGAGGCUCAAGAAGCGGCGCGUGGAUUCGGACAGCGACAGCCUCUCGGAUGACGAUCUCGAUGCUACCUCCAAGCGGCCGUCCCGGCUGGGCAGCUCGGCGCCUUCCACCCCGCGUGGCUCCAAGCGUGCCAGCGUCGACCCACAUCCGCAUACCGACAGCUACCAAAAGGUCGGCAGGGAAGGCGUCCUGCCCAACUACACCGUUCCGCGCGACAUAGUUGCUCCCGCCUUUGCUGCUGCCGACGAUGCGACAACAUCAUCGCCACCCACCAAACCCAUCUCAUCGGCCGACAUUGUUGCGAGCAACUUCAAGUCGUUCGGCCCCUACUUCCACGGCCUUGGCGAUGCUCCACGCGCGGUGCUCGAGUAUCCCGGUCCAGGCGCUUCCGAGGAGUUCCUGCUGCUCGUGCCCAAGGAUGCCGACGAGUACGAUCCGCUCAUGGAGCUGCUCGCCACCGUGCGCGCCAUCGUCACACACUACCUCACGCCCGAACAGCGCACCGCAUUCGGAUCGCUCGACAGCCUCGAGGUGUCCAACAACGCCGGCAUGAUCCUUCCCAGCGCCACCAACGCUGCCGCCACCUCCACCAGCUCCGCAGCGCACACCGAUGCCGCCGCAGCUGCGCUCGCCGAUUCCACCGACACCGCCCGCGCGAAUGGCGUGCGCGCCAAGUCGGCUGAUCUUCUCGACACCGAAGGCUCCAAGGCGAGUCGCCGCGACGAGCUCAUCGGCCGCAGCACCGAAGCGUUCGAGGCGGGUGCAAAGACGCCCGAGCCUCAGACAGGGCACGUUGUUGCGCACACGGCUCCCGUGUCGCCCAGCUCGGCGGGUAGCACUGCGGCGCACGCAUCGGUGGCCAAGACGGCGCUGGUGAACCAAGCCAUGCUGCGCCUCGACUCGCCCGCGCCCACCGAGGCGUCGCAGGCGUCGCAGGCGUCCGACGGCUCGCACCCGUCGUCGACCGAUCCGGACUCGAUCCUGCGCUCCUUCACCAAGGCGCGCAACCGUCGCGAUGGCCCGCUGUUCAUGCGCACGCUCGCGCGCUUCAAUGCGGCGCUGGUGGCGCUGCGCGACUCGGGUGCGCUGGCGGCCAACAUCGCAGCGCUCGGCAAGGCGACGGGCGUGCCCGAGGGCAUUUGGCGGCUGGUGCAGGACCAGGUGUACGCGCGCAUCGUCGGCCCGCGCGUCGAGGAGCUCGGUCGGUACACGGCGUUCAGCGACAACGUGUACGGCGAGCUGCUGCCGCGCUUCAUGUCCGAGAUCGCACAGCUCACCCAGCUCGGGCCGGGCAAGGUCUUCGUGGAUCUUGGUAGCGGCGUCGGCAACUUGCUCAUUCAGACGAGUUUGCAGACGGGUGCCGAGGCGUACGGGUGCGAGAUGAUGCCGAUUCCCGCGGGGCUGGCGGCGGAGCAGAUCGGCGAGGCGCAGGCGCGGUGGGCUGCAUGGGGUCUGCGCGGGGGCGGAGAGGUCGAAGCGUGGCUGGGCGAUUUCGGCGAGCACACGGGUGUAAGGGAGGUGCUAAAACGAGCCGACGUGGUGCUGGUCAACAACUACGCCUUCUUACCCAAGACCAACGACAACCUGAGCCUGCUGUUUCUGGAUCUGCCGGACGGCGCACAGGUGGUGUCGUUGAAGCCGUUUGUCCCGCCCGACUUUCGGCUGACGCAGCGUACGCUUUCGAGCCCACUGGCGAUCCUGCGCGUCACCGAGCGCCUCUACACGUCUGGCUGUGUCAGCUGGGCCGAUGGUGGCGGCAAGUACUACAUCCAGACGGUGGACCGCAGUUUGGUGCGCGAGUUCCUCGAGCGCCUCAACGGCGAUGCAGGCCGGGUCAAGAGUCGGUCCAAGCGGAGAGAUGCAUCGGAAGAGCAGGGCAGCGACCUGAUGGUUGGACAGGACGUCAGGCGCAAGCGGUGGAAAGCAGCUAUUGACAGCGAAGACGACGACGAUAUCCUAUAG